UUGCCACAUCCCACAAUCCACAAUCCACAUUGCACUUUGCACCCACAUCUUUCAUACCAUUGUCGUUUGUUUUAUUUUUUCUUCCUAAUUUUUAACAACCAUGGGAGAGGCUCCAGAAGUGUUGUAUGUUAAUGGUUCCUCAAAAGUUGUUCCUGAAACUCAACAAAACCAUGUCAACAACGUUGUUGGUUCUGAUACAUGGUAUGAGGAAGUCAUCGAUGAUGAUCUCAAAUGGUCUUUUAAACUUAACAGUGUGCUCCAUAAAGCCAUUAGUGAAUACCAGGACAUUGCUCUCUUAGAUACAAAGCGUUUUGGAAAGGCCUUGGUGCUUGAUGGGAAGAUGCAGAGUGCUGAAGCAGAUGAAUUCAUUUAUCAUGAAUGCUUGAUUCAUCCUCCUCUUUUAUGCCAUCCCAACCCAAAGACAGUGUUUAUAAUGGGAGGUGGUGAAGGUUCUGCAGCUAGAGAAGCUCUCAAACACAAGUCAAUAGACAAAGUUGUUAUGUGUGAUAUUGACAAGGAGGUGGUAGAUUUCUGCCGAAAAUACCUGGUUGCUAAUAAGGAGGCAUUUGCUAAUAAGAAGCUCGACCUUGUCAUCAACUGUGCCAAGGCUGAAUUAGAGAAGAGAAAGGAGAAGUAUGAUGUGAUUGUUGGAGAUUUAGCUGACCCACUUGAAGAUGGGCCUUGUUAUCAACUCUACACUAAGGACUUCUAUGAGAAAGUUGUGAAGCCCAAACUCACUAAAAAUGGCAUUUUUGUCACACAGGCUGGACCAGCAGGUAUCUUCUCACACAAAGAGGUUUUCACCUCUAUACACAACACUGUAAAACAGGUCUUCAAAUAUGUGGUGGCAUACUCUACUCAUGUACCAUCAUUUGCUGAUUCAUGGGGAUGGGUUAUGGCUUCAGACAAACCAAUAUUGAUUGAUGCUGUUGAAAUGGACAAAAGAAUUGAAGCAAGAAUUGAUGGAAAAUUGCUCUAUCUAGAUGGUGUUUGGUUCCAUUCAUCUACCAUCAUGAACAAGGCUGUGUCCAAAUCGCUGCAGAAUGAAACUCAUGUGUACACUGAAGAUAAUGCUAGAUUUAUUCCUGGACAUGGCAUACUCUAAAGGAAGGGAAAUUACUCUUUGCAUGCUCUCACCUUAGUCCAGAUUUGACUUUAAAGUUAAUCUUUAGGACAAUUCAAUUUAUGUAAUACAUGCAUGUUUCAUUGGAUUUGCAUAUGGUGUUAGAGUUUGAUGUAUAUCUUAGAACAAUAAGCAUGAACACAAAGUUACGUAGACUAAAUAAUUCAAUAAAGUAUUUCCCAAUUAUUUCAUCAACUUUGGUAUGAUUGGGUUACAUUCAA